AUGUCUCUUGUACUGAAAAUCUUGAGAGAGAUGCUGGAAUACAUUGGUGUUCCCAUUGACCAGAUUUUGUCAAUUUGGGAAAAUAAAGAAUAUGGAUCAGCUCGGAGUAUUGUUCGCAUUAUUGGGAAAAUUCUUCCUCUAGAACCUUGUCCAAGACCUAAUUUUCAGUUGAUCCUGCCCUUGAACUCUGCAGACGCAGCUAACUGUGGGUCUACAGUCCCAUCUUUUGCUGAUAUUUUUUGCGUGGCAAGUGAAGAAGAACCCAGUUAUCUCAGAUUUCGAAAUUAUACAGGGAAACGUGAAGAGGAGGAGGAAAUGGAAUUUUUCAAUCCUUUGCAAUUAGCUCAAGACCCAUUGUCACCUAAUCUAAGAUGUAACAAGCAGUUCAAAAAGGGUCUACCUGUAAAUGACGCUGCAAUUAAAAAAAUAGCAGCUCUUGAAGAUGAGCUAACAUUUCUUCGCUCCCAGAUUGCUGCAAUUGUAGAAAUGCAGGAACUGAGAAAUGGUGCAAAUUCUGACUGCUUUGACUUGAAUGAUGGACCGAGUCGUUUGGGCCUCAAGUCGUCAUCAGAGACUACUCAACUGAGGGGCGAAGCUAGUCCGUUCUCCAGUGUUGUGCUUCCCUGUGCUCCUCCUCCGCCACCACUUCCUUCUCAGCCUUCUCUCCGGGCUCCAUGUCCCCCUGCUGUCCUGCCAGCACCUAACAUUGGUGACUCAGUCAGUUCAGUAACUGAAAUGAAGAAACAGCACCUGGGUGUGCGUAAGACCAGCGAUGGCCGUCAUGCAAAGAACCAGAGAAAGAAAGACGUUCCAAAUAUGUUGGAGGUUCUAAAGGAUAUGAAUCAAGUUAAGCUACGUGCUAUUGAACGAUCACCUGGAGGUAGACCCAUUCAUAAGAAGGAAAGACAGAAUUCACACUGGGACCCAGUGUCUUUAAUAUCUCAUGCACUUAAACAGAAGUUUGCAUUCCAAGAAGAGGAUUCUUUUGACAAAGAAAAUAGGUCUUGGGAGUCUUCUCCAUUUUCUAGUCCAGAAACAUCAAGGUUUGGACGUCACACUUCAUAGUCAGAACAGCGAACACAAGGAAAAACUGAUAAUGCAGAAGGUGUUGAGCAAGAUACCAACACUUCCGUAGCACAAGAUAACUGCAUCACUGGGACCAGAUUUGCAUCUCUGCUUGUUCUCAGAAAGUUUCCUCUCCUGAGCAAUGGGUCCCUUGUAUUGACGUUGACUGGUCGACUGACAACCACCUACAGAAUCGGUAUCCUCGGAGUUCCAAAUAUGCUGGUGUUUUGUCAUGUAGCUCAGCAGUCAGAUGACACACGGGAAAUGCUCUGGACUUUGUAUGAAGUGCUGCCUGUCGCCCGUGUGGCCCAGGGUCCCUGGGGGACGUGCCAGAAGCACCUCAUCCUGACUUCUCAGUCUUCUCCUUGGGUUGGCAGCCUGCCCCUGGAAUCAGCCCCCUGUGCUACUGAAUGGAGUUUCUCGUUUCGGCAGCAGAUGCUGAGGUGA